GUUCUUACUUUGCUGGAAAAAAAAUUCUCGCAGGUCACUGUGAAUCGAUUUCUGCAGCUCGCUCGCCUUUUUUUUUGGGGUAAUUUCUAACGAUGGAUGCAGCUUCCCUCCAUCCCAGCUCCGGCGAAUAUGAACCUGGAUACGUUCCCACUCCUCGCCGUGGUUCAUCCUCCGACGAAUCUCAGUUUGGGCCCGAAUUGAAGAGGCAGAAGGUCGAGGAAUCCGACCACUCUGAGGACGCCAUGAGAAGGAGCGGUAGUAGCAGCGACAUUGAGAUUGCGGAAGCAGAAGCAGAAGAAGAUGAUUGGGACGAUAGCAGUGAUGAUGAUGAUGAUGAUGGUCGUUUUGACUUUGCUUCGUGCUUCGAUUUCUACGCUCGAAUUCUCGACACUGAGGGUGCCGAGAGUCGUUUCCCGGGCCACGCGUUUCGCCACAUUCGCCUCGACGACCCCAAUGAAGAGGCUGAGCACUUGAAGAAUGUGAAGAGAUCUGCUAGGUUUGUGAUCUAUGAACAGUACAGAAUGGGCAAUAAGAUGAAAUUGGUUAGGAUUGAGAAGGCUUGCUCGUAUUCGGUGAAUGGGUACAACUACUACAUCACGUUCUCUGCCGAGACUUGGCCGACCAGGCAAAUCAAGGUGUACCAAGCACAGGUUUACAUUAAUUUUAUGGGGCAGUUGGUAAAGACCACCGUUUUCAGGGAGAAACCCCCUCCCCAGCAGCCUUCAGGCAAUACAAUUGAGCAGGUGCAAGGUUGGGCUUGUGCGGCUUGAGGGAAGGAAGGAUUCCUACAAACGGUCUCUUAAGUUUAUUAUUUUGAAGUGUUAGAAGACACAUGCUUUCAAUCAGAAUCAGGGGCGGACCCAGGGGGUUUAGGGGUGUCCGGGGACACUCCUAAAUUUUGGGAAAACGAUUAUCCAACCCCCGGUGGUAAUUUACGUAUGGACAAAAAAAAAAUAUAAUUGAUAGUGAGGGACACCCCUUAAAUUUGAAAAAAUGAUUAUCCUAUUGUCAUUUUUGUGUAUAGGAAUAUAAGUGGUAUGUUGGAUAAUUCAAAUCUAGAACACUAUUAUUAUUAAUAAACUUAAUUUCCGUUGAGCUAAACUCAUUUGUUGUUUGAUUUUGAACAAUGUGUAAUAGUAAAAUGACAUUCCCUA